GUGUUGGAAAUGACCCACCGGCAUAUAGCCUGACCAGCUCUAGGGAUUGUGGGAUACAUGAUUGGGGAUUCCUUACCUACGCAGCAGGGAGCCCACAGCCUCAGGACCAGAUAGCCGCCAUCAUUAGUGUAUCAUCAUGCCUGGGAAGAAAGGGAGGAAGGGGACGACCAGCGGGAAGGUCAAGCCUCGCAAAAAGGGGCGGAGUCGGUCGGCCAGCGGCAAGAAGGGAAAGAAGAAGGGGAAACGUUCGGCCAGUUUGUCGCCCAUUCGGAGCAAGUCCGCGGGGGACGUGGACAUUAUGAGCCCCGCCGCCAUGGAAAAUGGAUACUACAUAGCCCACAAUGCACCGCACUUCCUAGAACUGAGAGGAUUUGGGUGGUCUGGGGCGAAGUCUGCCAAGGGCAAGAAAGGAAAAGGGAAGAAAGGGAAGAAGAAAAAGAAGUGAUGUCAAUGAUGUUGCCAUUGGAUUUUUAUAUUAUAUAUGCAGUUUUUAUCUAGGUAGAAAUCUGAACUAAAUGCGGGUUUUGUAAAUGGAACAUGUUCAUCACUUUGUCUCUCUAACCAAUGAAAACUGUGGAAAUAAUAAAUUAGGGCAAAUCCGGGUGACUUAAUUAUAUCAUAUGGGUAAUCAUGUUGAGGCUACUUGAUGGACUGUUAAGUUAUAAGUAACUGCAGUAGUCAUUUGCACUCCUUGUAAAAAUCUGAUCCUGUCUUCGGGUGAUUUCCAGAAACCCUCCUGUCUUUACUAUUUAUCAUAACAACAAAUUUGUGCCUGCCAAACUAGAUUCUAGGACAACUUUUGGAGUGUUAUUAGAAUAGGAGUUUGUUGUCAACGUCUUGAAGAUAUAUUCCCCGCGGUACUGUUAAUGUUCGGGUAGUUCAGCCAAGAAAAUCAAGCAAUCUAAGUCUCAAUUGAUCAUCUAAUCAUGUAUAUGUUGCAGAAUGUAAUUAACAAUCUUAUACAAAUCAAACUAAUUUUUGGUGCCGUAUGAUAGUUUUAUACAGAGAUGCUUUACAUUUAUGUCAGAUAUAGGAAGACUUAUACAUUGUGUAUUUAGCUUUGUAGAAGAGGUUAAGUGUUGGUGUUGUAUAGCUAGAACUGACAAGAGGUCUGCUUUUGUCUUCCAAGGGUUAACUUCAAGCAGAUGAGAAGGUCUACAUACGUUUUUUUGACAUUUCUAGCCAGGGUACUACCGGUAGUACUGUAAAAUUUUGGUCCUUUUGCCCACCCUAUCUUGAAAUGUUCCAAAUUUUUAGAAUUUCAGCUUUGGCUUGUUUUGCUGAAUUACAGUGCUGAUAACUUAUCUUGAAUUCUGAAAUUGUCCAAAUUCGAAUUGGACCAAAAGGUUACCGAGUCAAUAAUUUUACAGUAACGUAACUUACAUGCAAUUCCCAACUGCAAACAUUGGUCAACUAUGCAAACAGAAAUCACAGUCCACUGGCUCCAGUGUGUUUGCAUUCAUUACUACAUGUACAAUAUGACUUAACACAAUGUAUAGACCUCAGUGUGAAUGAAAUGAUAUAUUUAAUGGUUGCUUUAUGAAGAGAAAUAUGAGGUUUUCAGCAUUAACCCCGUUUAUUCAUAAGGACAUGAGCAAGACUAAAUACAGUCUACAUGUUAGAGUAUAGUGGGUUCUAGAGAGAUGUAUGUACCUAAUAAAGCCAUACAAGUGGUAC